AUGCAGGAGACAGCACCAAGCACCAGUGGAGCCGCUGCUUCCAAGACCGCAAAGCCGAGCACGCCGUGCCGAUACUACUCCCGCUCUGGCAAGUGCAGGAGGGGUGACAAGUGCCUCUUUUCGCACGAGCAGGCACGCCAAUCCGAGCAAUCUGCAAUCCCAUCUCCGUCUGCUCCCACAACUUCCAGUGUUCGUCUCUCUGCUCAAGCUUCCGAAUACACGCCAAGUGCCAACACUUCGAAGGCGCAGCCGCAUGCUAGCAAGCGUGACGAGGGAUGGGUGGUCAUAGCCGCUUCAGAGUCUGCAUCGAGCGAGACGACAGAGGACUGGGAAGAUGUAGCCGGCUCCAACUCGCUGCCGACCGAGACAACAGCGCUCUCGACUGUCGAAUCGGCGGCUCCCAUCCCACAGCCCGAGACCACUGCCGACCCACAAACCUGUAGCGUUUGCUUCGAGGUGCUCAAGGUGUUUGCUCAGCACCCCAACUGCGACCACUACUUCUGCCCAACGUGCAUGCGCGAGUGGCGUGGUCAAGGCGACCAGGACAACCGCAAGAAGUGUCCGCUCUGCCGCGUCGAGUCCAAGUACACCUUUGUGACCGGCCAGCCCUUCCAGGGCAGCGCACGCACUCUGGCCGUUCAGCGCUUCCGCGAGCGUGCUGCCGCCACUCCCUGCAAAGCCUUCACCAGAAGCCUCUCGCUCAGCAGGAACCGCAACAAGCCCUUCUGCGCCUUUGCCGACGACUGCCUCUUCCAGCACCGCAUCGACGGCAAGUCCUACACUUUUGGCUACGGCCGUCUGGUGGUGCGUAAGAACAGGAAGCGCACUCGCCGCCUCGUCCGCCCCGUCGCCCGUUCCGAGAGCUCCAUGCGACCCGAGUUCCUCCAACGCGUUCGAGACAUCGACCAACGCAUCCUCCUUCUCUUGGCCGCCCGUCAAGCUGCCUAA